UGGUAUCUUUCUCUCUCAGUUCAGUUCAGUGUGGUUUUUUUUUGUUCGUUCGUUCUUCUCUGUUUGUGUUCUCAUCACUCAUCGUAUACACAUGAAAAAAAGACAAAAAUCUCUUGUUGGAAACAUACGACGACACAGCACACACAGCUCUAAAACUAAGAGAGUGAAUAAAAAUCUUUCUGUAUGUUUGUUAAAAUGUAUUUGUUGUUUUUUUUUAUAUUGUUCUCGUUCCCGUUGAUGUGUUAAAAUACUGUCCUCCAUAUUGCAAAAUAGUGUAGUAAUUUUAUAUUAGCCACUUACAUAUAUAUAUAUAUAUAUAAAUAUUUUUGUUGUUGUUGCCCGUGCGUGUUACAAUAAACGAAGCGAGUAGUCAGCAGUGUGAUCGAAAAAGUCGAAAAGUCUUUUGAACAGAGAAAUAAAAACGAAGCGAAUAAAUACAAAAAAAAAGAAGUAUAAUCAUCGUUGGUCGCGUUAAAAAUAUACACACAUAAGUGUUUUUUGUGCAGCAACAACAACACAGUCUCACUAAAACUCAGUCACAAGAGAGUGAGGCAACCGAAAAGAAAGAAGAAAAAAAAUACACGACAAAAAGAGAGAAGAAGCAACAAAAAAAAAGAAGAUAGAAUUAUAUAGCCAGAGAGAAGUCAAAUCGAAUCAUCGCUAAACGGAAUUCAAAUACCGACGUCUGUCUCUUGUCGACACUGGCAAAGAAUCUAUAUAUCAAAAAAAAAGCGAAAAAAAUAUAUAUAUCGCCACCCAGCGUAAAGAGAAAACUCAAAACGAGCAUCGUCGACGAUAAAAUUCUAUAUUUUGUCGGUACGUCGUUCAUAUUUUUGUUGGUUAUUUUGUGCAAUUCUCGCACUGUGUGUGUGUGUGUGUCUCGCCUUGACAUCGGCUUGAGAUGGAUUCCCGUUUCGUUCCAUUGACGAUGUGCAUUUCGGUUGAAAUGAAAAAUUGAGAAAAAAUGCGGUUUGCAAAAAUGAAGAUGCAGAAGAAAAAAAUCCAACGAUGAAACACAAAAUACAGACGAAUUAAUUGAAGAAGCAGUAAACCCAAUGAGCCGAUCAACGACCGAACCACGAAGCGAAUUCAACUGACAAUUUUAAUUCGAAACACAUUUUCGUAGCAGAAAACGAAUUAUUAGCGUGAGCAGGGAAGAAGAAGUUAAAAGUGAAAACACACAACAACAAAGAAAAGUCUAUUGAUAACAAUCAAAAUGAGUGAUUCAAUCAAGUUUGGUCCAGAAUGGUUAAGAAAUAUGUCAAACGACACGGGCAGUUUGUCGUCAUCGGCUGCUACAUCAUCGGGAGUUGGAGGUGGUGGUGGUGGAGGCCUUUCAACAUACAGCAACAUUCAUAAUGCACGAUUCCCGUUAGCUGAAUAUCGAUACGGGAGAGAAGAGAUGCUGUCGCUAUACGAUAAAAAUUUUAAAUUGCCAGAAUUACUGCCAAAAUUUAACAAGCUAUUCAUUGAAAAAAUGCAGUGUCCUUUAGCCUUGUUGCCACCAACAGCCGACGAAGAAACGCCACGGGGGUUAACGCCGAUAGGUGGUUUGUCUAGUGAACGAAGCGCAUUAGGUAUAUCAAAUAGUUCAAGUGGCAGUGUAUUGGGUGGUAUAAGCAGCACACUUGGCAUGUCUGGACGUGGAAUGCGUGGCAGUUCAAUUGAUCGUGGUCGAGGUCGUGCAUCCAGAGGCGGAAUAUAUCAUCCAUCACUUGGAAGCUAUCAACGGUCUGGUUUUAUUUAUGACGAAGAUUCACGAGGUAUUGGCUCGAGAAGCGAACGCUCAUGGACAGAACGAAAUGGCACCGAAACGGAAUGGAAUUCAACGGCAAAUGGCAGUCCAAGCCCUAGGAAAGAUUUCUCCACACUUCGAUCGGGUGGUGGUAGCGGCGGCGGCGGCGGCGGUGGUGAAAGUUGGCGUCGCAGUCGAGUUGAAGACGAAGGACCACUUUUGAACGGCACAGCAAAUGAAGGUUGGCGAACGUCCGCAUCAUCCACGAAUAAUACCAUGUACAAGUGGCCCGUGCGUUCAACAAGUUGGCGAGGAGGUGAAAGUGAGCAAGGCGGUGGAUUUAAUACAGAAUCGGGUGGGCCACCACGAUUGGAGCGAUCGAAAUCGACACAAGGUAGUCUACCGAGUCGUGACGAUCCUUCUGGUCAUCCUGGUCUAAAUCGACGAUUCGGUGCAAAUGCGUCGUGGGAUGAAGACAAUCUGCCCGAAUGGGCAAUGGACGAUCCGAUCGAAGGUGGUGGUAGUUUCGAUGCGACGGGCGCCUUUUUAGAUGAUAGACAUUUGGGUGAACGAGUGAAGCCAUCGGAUGCAUCACGGGCGAAUGUGAAUUCGGAGAAGGAUGAACAUAAAACGGAAUCGAUAAGUGAUACAAAAGCCACGGACAAGGAUACUCCACUGAAAGAUACUCCGGAAAAUGCGCGCACAAAUGAUAAAACGGAGCUGAGAUCGGGUGCGAUCGAUGGUAAGCCAAGCGAACCAUCGCAAAAGCAAGACAAUCGUGCAAAAGAGAAAGAACUGAAAUCGAACGAAACGAUCGAAAUGGCGGAGAGAACGGCAUUGAAUAAGCAGCAGCACCAGCAUCAACAGGCAUUAUCGUACAAAAAUACCUCAAAAUAUAGUGGGUCUGAAGCACGAGACACUGUACCUGUUGUUGUUUCAUCGACAUCGGACAAAGUGAAUAUGCAACCCGAUUCGACGCCAAUCGAUCGACUGAAAGAGGUGGCCGAAGUUAUCGAAAAGCUGAUCAUGGAUGACGAUCAAUCGUGUAACGAAAGUGAUGAAGCAUUACUUGCGCCGCAUCUGCACGGCCAUGAUUCGCACAAGCAUCCGAGCGCUGACGAUGUGCUGGCCGAAAAAACGAAAGAAAUCGACCGAUGGUAUUAUCGUGAUCCGCAAGGUAAAGUUCAGGGCCCAUUCACCGCAACCGAAAUGCUGGAGUGGUUUCGGGCUGGUUACUUCGAUGAAACGCUGAAUGUACGUCGUGUAUGUGAUCCACAGUUCAUUGAACUCGGUGAUUUGUUGAAAGCGUGCAGCGGUUCGAUUCCGUUCGUAUCGAUGCCACCGCCAAUUAUCCCACCAUCAUUGAUGCAGAGUCAGGCCGCCGAAAUCAAUAUGAACACCGCACCAAGUGUUGUCAAACCGGCAACACCAACGAAACCAUUAGCCAAUCCAUUAGUUCAUACGGGCAAAAUGCCACCACCCAAAUCUGCCAACAAUCCACCCUACUUUGAUAUUCUACAUCAAACGCCGAAUUUCCUUGGUCUUAUGAAUCAACCGUCGAAUGAUUUUCUCUUAUCAAAUUCACUGCCUAAGCAUCAAAAUCCGGCCAUGCCAACGUUGCCGAACGCAUUGAGCAAACAAACCCAUCUGAAAAAUCAACACCAAACCCAAUCGCUGCAGCAUCUCUUAAGCCAACAUAAAAAUGAUUUCAAUGCACCGGAUCAAGUCGAUCCGAUGCAUCACAUGCUGAAUUCCAUGAAUCAUCCGCAAAUUUCACCGCCUGUUGGAAUCCUACCGCAAGUGCCAACGAUUCCGCCACAAACCUCACAGAAUAAUUCAUUCCAAUCACUCAUGAUGCAGCUUCAAAUGCAGAAACCUCAUAUUAUGCAACAGCAAAUUCAGCAACAUCAUCAACAGUCACUCAUAAUGAAUGCGAUGAAUUCACCGUCUUUGCCGUUGCCUCAUCAUUCCAUCGAAGAGAUGCAGCAUCCACCGGCUGGCAUUUGGGAUUUGCCAAUUCCACCACCGGCUGGCGUCGGUGCACCUCCCCCAGUUGUGCCAAGUUCAUCGAUGAAAACUGAGAUGCAAAUCCUCGAGCACUUGCAGGCUCAGGCGAAGGCGAAAGAGGAGCAAUUCAAAUUUGAGCACCUGUCUGCGCAACAGCUUGACCAAUGGAAAAAGCAACAGCAAGCAUUACAUCAACAGCAACAACAACAUCAACAACAGCAACAGCAGCAGCAGCAGCAGCCGCCAUCAUCGCAACCACCCCAACAAAUGCAACACCAUCAAGAUGUUCAACAGAUUGUACCGUCACCGCAUGUACUUGGCAACACACCAGCCGAGCUGCUGCAACCAACGGACAUCUUCCGAGCGAAGAAUGAAAAUGUCAAAGAGCUCGAAGCAAAUCGUGCACCAGUGAAACAAGCCAAAGCGAAAACGGAACCACCAACCGUCGGUGUGAAAGUGAUGACGCCAACAAUUGAUCCAAAACUAGCCCAAAAUAUCAAUAAAAUCAACAAUAAUGCCAUCGAUAUCGAUGAAUUGAUGGUGAACGAAAAAAUCGAAGCAAAAUUGAACAAGAUUAAAGCGCAAGCUACGCCAGUUGUAAAUGCCAUGAAACAAGCGAAUGAGAUAAAGGCUAAUCAAAAAGCGACCAACAGUGGCCCGAACGCAAGCGAUGUUGCCAAUAAAUCCAAUAAUAAUAUGGUGAAUGCAACAGCGCCAAAGAGUGUAGUGAAAGAGAGUACAAAGAAAAAGUCGAAGGAAAAGGACCAAAAAGCCGUCGAAGAGAAGCGACGACUACAAGAAGAGGAGGAAGAACAAAAACGACUUGAACUCAUUGCUGCUCAACGCAAAGCUAAAUUAGUCGAUCAAAAUGCCGUGCGUAUCGAACAACCCAAACGGAAUAAUUUGGCCGCAUCUGUUGCACCCUGGUCGAAUAUCUCUGAAAAUUCUUCAUCGCAAGCAGCAACGUCCGCGUUAACUCUAGCCGAAAUCCAGAAAGCUGAACGAGAGCGACGCUCGGAAUUGUAUCGCCAGGAGCAAGCUCAACAGCAAAGUCAAGCGAUAAUUGAGCAGCAGCAACAAAAGGAGGUGCUCAAGUGGAAAUUGAAACCGCAACAAAAUCAAGCCAAGUCAUUGGCCGAAAUUCAAGCGGAAGAGAGCAAGGCUAGACAAACCAUUCAACAAAUUUCAGCGGCUAACGCUGCACAGCAAAAGCAACAGAGUGUAAAAAAAGAUGAGAAAUGGUCGGCAGUAUCGCAAUGGUCAAUGAUUUGGGGCAAUGAUCAAGCAAACAGCGCUGGACCGGCUGCAUCGGGCAAUGGAAAUGCCAAUUGUUUCUGGGAAGAUCCGGCCAAGAUGACAACAACAACCGUCACCGUAACAUCGACCAAGGUAAAUGUUCAACAAAAUGGUACCAGCAAACCGUUGGCCAAGAGUCAAACCGUGUCAAACAUGCAGUCCGUUGCAAAUGUAAAAGCUAAUCAAAAUGCCGCAUCCAAACCCACGACAAUAUCGAAAACUAGCUCAAGCGGCAACGUCACAGCCGCUGCCAAUUCGACUUCAAACAAUAAUAGCAAGAAAGCCAAAGGCAGCAAUGCUAACUCGAAAAAAGAUGGCGAUAAUGAAUUUAGUGCUUGGUGUGCCAAGGCACUUGCCGCUCAUAAUGAUGUAAUUGAUGUGCCAACAUUUGUGUCUUUCUUGCGUGAUAUUGAGUCACCAUUUGAGGUCAAGGACUAUAUUCGAAUGUAUUUAGGUGAAACAAAGGAAUGCGGUGAAUUUGCAAAACAUUUUCUUGAACGUCGCAGCAAAUAUAAGAAUCAACAACGUGCUGCAAAUGCACAUAUCGAUGACAUGUGCUCACCAGCACCUGCUAUAACACCGGCCAUUUUGAGCGGUGGUGACGGUCAAGAGGCCAAGGGCAAGGCUAAAAAGGAGAAGAAGAAAAGCAAAAUGACAAAGCUUGAUUCAAGAAUUUUGGGAUUCUCAGUGACAUCGGCGGAGGAUCGUUUGAAUGUUGGUGCACGAGACUAUGCACGUGAUGGACCAUAAACGAAUUGUUGUCAUUUGAAGCAACGCAACGCAUAACAUCAACAAUUACAUUUUACAAAUGCAACCAGCGGUACACGCGCCCGCUCAACUGAGAGAGAGACAAAAUGACAUUUUCAAAUGAUCAAUCAAACAACUAAUGAAUUUAUAGUAAACCGAGCAGCCGUUCAUUUCAAACAUGCAACCAGUUUUCGUUAAAUUUUUGUUUUUCACAAACAAAACAAUUUCAUUUCUUUUACAUUUGUUUCCGAUUUUUUUUAAAGAAAACUAAAAGCAUCAGUUUAAUUUGAAGAAGAAAGAGAAAAAAAAGAGAAGAAGAAUUGGAAUAUUAUUAUUAAAAAAAAAAAACGAAAAAUGCGACAGCCAAUUCUUGUAAAACAAAUUUGAUUUCCCAAUGUUAUUAAUUCUAUUAUUCAUUCAUAUUUUUUUUUUACUUUAAGACACAGUGAAAAAAAAAACAACAACAAAUUAGAAAUAUUUGUAAAUACAAGAAUUUGAAGAGAAAAAAAAUGAAGUCAAACAAUGAAUGUUAUUGAUAUAAAAUUUGUAAAAA